AUGACAGAAGCGAUAAAGAAUGGAUGCGAAGCAGUAUUAAAUGAGAAAAAUGAAGAAAUUAGUAACCACGAAAUCAUUGAACUGAGUACAAUGAUCGAUAAGCAAAAAAUUGGCUGUUAUGCAAAAGAUUUCCCAGAAAAAUUGCUGAACUUUUUCAAUCCUGAUAAUUAUACAAUUAUUUGCAUUGAUCCACCUGGUUACGGUAAAAGUCGUCCUCCAGAUCGGCAACAAGAAGUAAAUCGAUGCAUGAAGGAUGCAUCCUUUUGCAUAAAGCUUAUGCAGCAAUUGAAUUUAACACCUUUCGUGGUACUUGGUUGGAGUGAAGGUUCUCGAACUGCAAUCCACGUUGCUGAACAAGGGAAAAAACAGCUUGUCGAAGGUGCGAUUUUAAUGGCCGCAGGUACUCGCAUUGAUCAACGUGGAGCGCGCAUUUUUCGUGGCAUGCGAAAUACAGAUCAGUGGUUGCCAGAUGCAAUGGAAGUAUAUUUAAAGCAUUAUCCAAAGGAAUUUGUUGAAAAGCAAUGGGCUGAUUUAUGUGAUGUCGUUCAACAAGUAUAUGAUUUGUUAGGCGGACGUUUCCCAUCGGAUUAUUUGCUGCCCAACCUAAAGAUUCCUGUUUUGGUUAUGAUUGGUGGUAUGGAUAGAUUUUGUGCCGAUCCCAAAUACUUUGAAACAGUAAUUGCUAAUUGCAGAAUUGAGAAGCAUUCACUUGGUGGCCAUGACUUCUAUUUGAAGUAUCCACGAUGGUUUACAGAUAAACAAUUCGCUCCACUCAAGUCAUCCAAUGCAAAACGAUCCGUUAGUGCGGAACGGUACGUUCGUUCGCCGUUUAACAUGCAACAGUUUUCACGUGGUGUAGGGCCGUCUUACGUGACCGUGAGCACGCAACAUUUAUGUGGCCAGCAUCCUUCUUUCGAAUACUCCCUUGCUGAGGAGUUGAGGAAGUGCGUUUAUCAACAGUUCAUUUUUUUUGUUUCAAUGUGGCGCACACAAGUUGCCGUGAAUUUAACGCGGAAAGAGAAAUUGAAACAACAGCAGGAAGAAAUGGACGAUUGGGAUACCGACCCAGACUUUGUCAAUGAUGUAAGUGAAAAAGAGGGUCGCUGGGGUGCGAAAACCAUUGAAGGAUCUGGCCAUCAGGAAUCAGUUUCAUUAGAUCAAUUGCGGAAAGAAGCUAGGAAAGCAGCAGAAAUGCCAAAAGCAAGUGAAGGAUAUGGUGGAAAAUUUGGUAUACAAAAGGAUCGUAUGGAUAAGUGUGCAAAAACAUGGGAAUAUGCUGGAAAAGUAGACAAACAUGCAUCGCAGAAAGAUUACGCUAAAGGUUUUGGUGGGAAAUAUGGUGUUGAAUUGGACCGAAGAGAUAAAAGUGCUGCUGGUUGGGAUGAAAAGAUGGUUCUUUCUAAACAUGGAAGUCAAAUAGACUAUGCGAAAGGUUUUGGUGGGAAGUACGGAGUUGAGACUGAUAGAAAAGAUAAGAGCGCACUCGGUUGGGACGAACAUGAAAAACUUCCACAGCAUGAAAGCCAAACAGAUUACAAGAAAGGCUUUGGCGGAAAAUUCGGUAUUCAAGAAGACCGCAAAGAUAAAAGUGCACAUGGCUGGGAAGAACAUGAAAAGCUGCAACAGCAUGAAAGCCAAAUAGAUUACAAAAAGGGGUUUGGUGGUAAAUUUGGCGUUCAAGAAGAUCGUAAAGAUAAAAGUGCAGUUGGCUGGGACGAACACGAAAAGUUAUCAACACAUCAAAGUCAAGUAGAUUAUAAAAAAGGGUUUGGCGGAAAAUUCGGUAUUCAAGAAGACAGGAAGGACAAAAGUGCUGUUGGCUGGGAUAAUUAUGAAAAACUAGAACAACAUGAAAGUCAAACAGAUUAUAAAAAAGGUUUUGGUGGUCUAUUUGGUCUGCAAGAAGACAGACAAGAUAAAUCGGCAGUGGGCUACCAGCAGCAUGAAGAGUUUGCGCAUGAAAGCCAGAAGGAUUGUGCUAGAGGCAAGACUCGAGAACAAUCAGCGCAGCGGAGCACUUUGUCUGCUGCAUCAAAAGGAAGAGCUUUAAAUUUACGUGCCAAAUUUGAACAACUUUCAGUUGCUAAGAAUGAUGAGAAGGUGCUGCAAGAACGUGAACGUCGAAAACGAGAAGAUGAACAGUUACGUAAACAACAGCAGGAGGAAGAAGAAGAAAGACAGAAAAAGAUUGCUGAAGAGUGGAAACGACGUGAAGAGCUAGAGCAACAGAUGGAUCCAAAAACAAUUCAAGAAGAAAUACGAAAACAUGAGCAGUUGCAUCAUACUGGAGGUGCUCCUAAACGACAUUCUCGUGCUCCACCCGGUGCCGUAGCUAUAAUGCCUGGAAUAGUAGGGUCACCUUCUAAGUAUGAAACUUCGAUUGAAUCGCAUGUAUUUUCUGAGACUGAAAAUGUUUCCGCCACAUCGGAAAAAUCCCCACCACAGCCUGUCAAAUUGCCACUUUUGAAUCCUCCAUCUAAUAAAAUUUUCAAUGGGAUGGAACGUCAUGCUUCACAUCGUGAUGAAAAGAAUGAAGAUAUUCAGAAUUGGAAUAAUGAAUUACGGAACAACUUUGAAUCCAUAUCAGUUCAUCCAGAGAUAGAAACGUUAGCGACUGAAAGAGGGAUGUCAGGUGGAAAUAGAUAUGAUUUAGUACCAGGAGAUAACGCAGUACCGUCUCCGGCACCUGUAACCCAGUCAUUAUUAGAAACGACUACUAUGCAUAACGAAGGACAUGAAGUCUCGCCUUUAGAGAGAGAGCUAUCGAAAAUAGCUGCAGUAAGUGACCCACUUUCAUCACCAACGCACCCGCUUGGUUCUACAGGUCUUACAGCUGUUGCCAUUUAUGAUUAUCAAAAACAGGAUGAUGACGAAAUCAGCUUUGACCCCGAUGAUAUCAUCACUAAUAUUGAUCAAGUUGAUGCUGGUUGGUGGCGUGGACUUUGUAAUGGACAGUAUGGUUUAUUUCCAUCAAAUUACGUUGAAUUACGAUAA